AUGGGACAACGCAGAAGAGGUGAAGAUGCUUCAAAGUUUGCAAAUGCAAGAUUAGCUGACUUCCAUGGUGAAAUUUAUUCAUUAUGUAAAGAUCAACAUGGUUGUCGUUUCUUACAAAAACAAUUAGAUUUGAAUGCAGAAGCUGCCACUAUUAUUUUUGAUGAAACUCAUCAACAUGUUAUUGAAUUGAUGGUUGAUCCUUUUGGUAACUACUUGGUUCAAAAAUUAUUGGAAAAAGUUAAUGAUGAACAACGUAUCACAUUGGUUAGAAACGCUUCUCCACAAUUUGUUUCAAUUGCCUUAGAUCCUCAUGGUACUAGAGCUUUACAAAAAUUAGUCGAUUGUAUUAAUACCCAACAAGAAGCUGAAAUUAUUGUUAAGGCAUUAUCUGCAGAUGUUGUUUCUUUAUCAAGAGAUUUGAAUGGUAAUCAUGUUAUUCAAAAAUGUUUACAAAGAUUAACCCCGGAAGAUUCACAAUUCAUUUUUGAUGCUGCUGCAAAGAACUGUUUAGAAAUUGCUACCCACAGACACGGUUGUUGUGUCUUACAGAGAUGUCUUGAUCAUGGGUCUAAUGAACAAUGCGCAGAAUUAUCAUUAGUCAUCUCUAAAUUCACUGUUGCUUUAUCCUUAGAUGCUUUUGGUAAUUAUGUUGUUCAAUAUGUUUUAGCUAAAAAUGAAAAAGAUGCUAUUGCAAAGAUUAUUGAAUUUGUUAGAAGUGAAAUCAUCAAAUUAUCAUUGCAUAAAUUUGGUUCAAAUGUUAUUGAGAAAUGUUUAAGAGUUUCAAGUUUAUCAAGUCAAUUGAUUGAUCAAUUAUUAAACAGUGAAGAUGAUUUGGUUAAACUAUUGAAUGAUCCAUAUGGUAAUUAUGUGUUACAAACAAGUUUAGAUGUUGCUAAAGAGAAACAAUUUGAACAACUAUCAUCAUUAUUAAGACCUUUGCUACCACAAGUUAGAAACACUCCUCAUGGUAGAAGAAUCUCAGCAAGAUUACAGCAUUCAAAUGAUCAUGUUCCAAUAACACCAGCUCCAACUGCUGAUGAAACACCAGCUAAUUCAGCUACAACCACCAGUGAUUAG